UCAGUUUUAAUGUUUCUUUAUGUUCCAAACUUCCUCUUCUUCAACGGCUUUUGACACUUUCUCUUCUAACGCCAACACUUAAUGUUCUUUCUCCCCCAUUUCAAUUUCGAUGGCUACUCCGAGAGCAACUCAGAGAGCACCGGCUUCUGAAAAACCUCAACAUAAUCACAUUCCUUCGCAUUCUUUGUCCAAAAGCUUGAACAAUGGACCUUCUAAUCUACACUCUGCUCCUCCUCGUUCGUCUAAAGAAAGAACCUCUUCUUCUAGACGUUCUGUCACUCCCAAUUCUCGUACUCUUUCUAACAACAACAACAAUGAUGAAGAUUCUGGAAGGGUAAGGGUUGCUGUCAGAAUUCGACCAAGAAAUGCUGAGGACCUGAUCUUGGAUGCUGAUUUUGCUGAUUUUGUGGAGCUGCAGCCUGAGCUGAAGCGAUUGAAGUUGAGGAAAAACAACUGGAGCAGCGAGUCUUACAGAUUUGAUGAAGUUUUUACUGAAACUGCCUCUCAAAGGCGUGUCUAUGAAGUAGUGGCAAAACCUGUAGUUGAGAGUGUAUUGGAUGGAUAUAAUGGGACAGUCAUGGCCUACGGUCAAACAGGUACUGGCAAAACUUACACAGUUGGUAGACUGGGUAAAGAAGAUGCAUCUGAACGUGGUAUUAUGGUUAGAGCUUUAGAAGACGUUAUUGCCUGUACUUCCCUUACCUCUGAUAGUGUUGAAGUCUCAUAUGUGCAGUUAUACAUGGAAUCCAUACAAGAUUUGUUUACUCCAGCAAAGAUUAAUAUCCCAAUUUAUGAAGACUCCAAGACCGGAGAAGUCUCGUUGCCUGGUGCAACAGUAGUUAAAGUUCGAGAUCUUGAUCAUUUUUUAGAGCUCCUGCAAGUUGGUGAAGCAAAUCGUCAUGCAGCCAACACAAAGCUCAAUACUGAAUCUUCACGCAGCCAUGCAAUUCUAAUGGUUUAUGUUCGAAGAUCUAUCCAGGAAAAUGUAAAUGAAAUUACUUCUCAACGGCAAGACACAAGAACUGAUUUACUAGGUAGCAGCAUACCUAUGGUUAGAAAAAGCAAGUUGCUGAUUGUAGAUCUCGCAGGGUCUGAAAGAAUAGACAAAUCUGGCAGCGAAGGUGCCUUGCUUGAAGAGGCUAAGUUCAUUAAUCUUUCUCUUACGUCCCUUGGAAAAUGUAUAAAUGCAUUGGCUGAGAACAGUCCACAUAUACCUACAAGGGAUUCUAAGUUGACAAGAUUGCUUCGGGAUUCUUUUGGAGGUUCUGCAAGGACUUCACUGAUAGUAACAAUUGGCCCGUCUGCACGUCAUCAUGCAGAGACCACAAGCACUAUAAUGUUUGGACAAAGGGCAAUGAAAAUAGUAAACAUGGUAAAGCUUAAAGAAGAGUAUGAUUAUGAAAGUUUAUGCCGGAAACUUGAGACUCAAGUAGACCAGCUUACUGCAGAAAUUGAAAGGCAACAGAAGGUCCAGGAAAAUGACAAGAAUGAAUUAGAAAAACAGCUUAGAGGGUGUCGCAAUUCCUAUGAUAAAGAAAAAAACAACCUAGUCACUCAAGUAGAACAUCUUACUGCAGAAAUUGAAAGGCAACAGAAGUUGAGAGAAAAUGACAAGUAUGAGUAUGAAAAGCAGUGCAGGGAGUGUCAAGACUGUUAUGAUGAAGCAAGGAAAAACCUAGCCUCAAGGUGUGAGUUACUGGAGAAGGAAAAUGCUCAACUAGAUCUGGAGAUGAAAGACUUCUUAAGUGAAUUAAACCGUCAAAAAGAUCACAACAACUUGAUGCAUGAUAAGGUUUCACAACUAGAAACAAGUUUGAAACAUAGCAAGCAACACCAGCUUGAAAAUUCUACAUAUCAGAAAGUACUGGCUGACACCACCCAGAUGUAUGAGAAGAAAAUAUCAGAAUUAAUGAAGCAGCUAGACAUUGAGUGUGCCCGCUCUGAAAGUGCUGAAGAACAUCUUGAUGUAAUGAAGAAGCUGGUGAAUGAUCAUGAGAAGACAAUUAAGAUGUAUGAGAAGAAAACAGCAGAACUAAUUAGGCAGCUGGACAUUGAGUGUGCCCGGUCUGAAAGUACCGGGGAACAGCUCAAUAUAAUGAAGAAGGGGAUGGAUGAUCACCAAAAGUCGAUUAAGCAAUAUGAGGUUGAAAAUUCUACAUAUCAGAAGGCACUUGCCGACACUACUCAGUUGUAUGAGAAGAAAAUAGCAGAGCUGAAUAAGAAAUUAGAGGAUGAGCAUGCCUGUUUUGAAGGGGCACAAGAAGAGUUGGACCUGACAAAGAAGCUUCUGAAUGAUUAUCAGAACUCAGAGCAGGGGCAGAAUGAGAUCGAUGAACUUCGGGUGAAGUUACCGGAAAUGUAUCAGCUGCAUGAAUCUACUGUUAAUGAGCUUCAAUCCUUGAAAUCAGAAUGUAAAAAUUUACUUGAAGAGAAGGAAAAACUGAGUGAAGAGAUCCAAGGUGCAAGGCAAAGACUUCUAGUUGAAGAGAAGCAGAGGAAGGCUUUGGAAUAUGAGCUGGUCAAACUAAAGAAGACUGCACCAGAAAAUGAAGAUGAUUUUGAGGACAAGAAACCAUACGCAAAGGAUUACAUCAGUAAAGGAUCUUCGGGAGCUGUGACCCCAAUUGGCUUACACAGGUCAAAUCCAUCGAGGGAUAUGCAAUCUGGUCAAAGGGCCACGAUUGCAAAGAUAUGUGACGAAGUUGGGCUUCCGAAGAUAUUACAGUUGUUAACAUCUGAAGAUCCAGAUGUGCAAAUCCAUGCUGUGAAAGUGGUUGCCAAUCUUGCUGCUGAAGAUAUUAAUCAAGAGAAAAUAGUGGAGGAAGGUGGUUUAGAUGCUUUACUUUUGCUGCUACGAUCAUCCCAAAAUACAACUAUUCUUAGAGUGGCUUCUGGUGCAAUUGCCAAUUUGGCAAUGAAUGAGAUGAACCAAGGCCUAAUAAUGAGCAGAGGAGGUGCUCAGCUACUAGCAAAGACAGCAGCCAGAACUGAUGAUCCACAAACUCUUAGAAUGGUAGCUGGUGCACUUGCUAAUCUUUGCGGAAAUGAAAAAUUACACGUCAUGCUGAAAGAAGAUGGAGCCAUCAAAGCACUUCUGGAAAUGGUGAAAUGUGGGAAUGGUGAUGUCAUUGCACAGAUUGCUAGAGGAUUGGCUAACUUUGCAAAAUGUGAAUCACGAGGAAUCUUUCAUGGAUACAAAAAGGGGCGUUCACUUCUAAUGGACGAUGGUGCUCUCCAAUGGUUGAUUUCCAACUCUAAUGUCAACUCAGCUUCAACCCGGCGCCAUGUUGAGCUUGCCCUUUGUCAUUUAGCACAAAACGAGGACAAUGCUAGAGACUUCAUAACCAGUGGUGGGGCGAAGGAACUUGUACGAAUAUCGGUUGAAUCAAGUAGGGAAGAUAUCCGCAACCUAGCGAAGAAGACACUGAAGUUGAGUCCGAAAUUACAAGCUGAUGUACAUGCUUAAUACCAAAAAUAUGUACAGAUUGUGGCAUUCUGAUAGUUUUGUUUCUGUAAUAUA